GGAAGAAAUCAAGAAACUGAGUGGAGCAACUCCCUCCCUCGCCCCCUCGCUCGGCGGUGGUUCUUCCUCCUCCUCCUCCUCGUCGUGGUCGUCCCAGCACAACUUCCUCCCACCUUCCUCGCCGCUUCGCUCCCCCUUCCCUUCUCCUUCCUGGCUUCUUGGCUUCUUCUUCUUGGCUCCUCCCGGCCGGAUUGGAACUUCUUCUUGGCGCGCUCUGCUCAGGGCGGUUGGUUGCUGCGGGGUCGCCGGCAGCUUCCCCGUCGCGCACGGCGGGCCGCCUGGCCCCGACCCUCCCUCCAUCCGCGAGCGAUGGGGAACUGCGCCAGCGCCAUGGACGGCCUCAUCCCGUGGGGCUGGGGCGCCAAGGCCGCCGCCGCCAAUCCCGCAGGGAUGUCUGCGUCGAAGAGGACCACGAGCUCCUCCACCACCGCCACAACAGGGAAGCUGUCGACGGUCAGCACCAGCACAUUCAUGGCGUCGACGGUCAGCGGCGCCAGCACCGACGACUGCUACGAGGAGGGGGGCCACAUCCUCGAGUCCCCGAACCUCAAGAUCUUCACCUUCGCCGAGCUCAGGGGCGCCUGCAAGAACUUCAAGCCCGAGACGGUGCUCGGCGAGGGCGGCUUCGGGAAGGUCUACAAGGGGUGGAUCGACGUGAACCCGGCCAAGGGCAGCACCGCCAUGGUCGUCGCCGUCAAGAAGCUCAACCCCGAGAGCGUGCAGGGGAUGGAGCAAUGGCAGUCUGAAGUGAAUUUCCUUGGGAGAAUUUCGCACCCCAACCUCGUCAAACUGUUGGGCUACUGCAUGGAGGACAACGAGCUACUACUCGUGUAUGAGUUCAUGGCGAAGGGGAGCUUGGAGAACCACCUCUUCAGAAGAGGGGCCAUCUAUGAGCCACUGCCUUGGAGCCUCCGGCUGAAGAUUCUCAUCGGUGCAGCCCGUGGCCUCGCCUUCCUUCAUUCGUCCGAAAGGCAGAUUAUCUACCGGGACUUCAAGGCGUCCAAUAUACUACUAGAUUCACACUUCAACCCGAAGCUCUCGGAUUUUGGAUUGGCCAAGCAUGGCCCAGAUGACGGGGAGUCUCAUGUGACGACACGAGUCAUGGGCACGUACGGGUAUGCCGCUCCGGAGUACGUUUCUACCGGCCACCUGUAUGUGAAGAGUGAUGUGUACGGCUUCGGCGUCGUGCUGCUCGAGAUGCUCUGCGGCCUGAGGGCGCUGGACCCGAGCCGCCCCAGCGAGAAGCUCAACCUGGUGAACUGGGCGAAGCCACUCCUGUCAGACCGGAGGAGGCUGACCCAGCUGAUGGACAGCCGGCUCGAGGGGCAGUACCAUGCCAGAGGGGCCUUCCGCGCUGCUCAGCUCACUCUCAAGUGCCUGGCCGGCGAGCCCAAGAGCCGGCCGUCCAUGAAGGAGGUCGUGGAGGCGCUCGAGCAGAUCGAGGCGAUGAAGAGCAAGUCCAAGUCGAGGGAGGCCAGGCGAGACAGCCCGUCGAUGCCGCGUGGCCGGGGGAACUCGCCGAGGAGCGACGGCGCUAGGACCAACUCUAGGGGCAGAUGAUCAUGAUCAGGAGUGUCUAUAGGAUAUGUAACCAUGUAACCGAUAUCCAUUUGGAGAAUGUAAAGGUAGACCACCACACCAUGCCAUUGUUUCCCGUUGUCAUGACGAAGUUUGCACCGAUCAUGAUGAUCAAUGUAAUAGUGUAGCGAUAUACGGAGAUAUUUAGCUGUUGCCAUACUCGUACGCAUGAAUUCAAUGAUUUUUUUCCACUGAAA